CUGAGAACGGCAGCAGAGUAAGAGGCCUCUCUUCGACGUCUGUUUGAUUUUGGAUUGAAACGAGAUGUUUGGCUCAGGAUGAACUCGGGUCCUGUCGUCUGAACGGGAAACAAAAAGACAGAGGGAAAACCAUCAAAAUUCAACUGUGGAUGAGCGAUCAAGGAUAAAAAGAGACGCCUGACAGAAUAAGAUCUGAAAUCUACGAAAAGCACAGCGAUGCAGAUCCGUGUGGUCCAGAUCUGGGGAUUCCUCAUGACAGUGCUGGGCUGGAUCUUCGUGGCCUGCACUAUGGCCAUGGAGGGCUGGAAGAUCACCGCCAUUGGGGGCAUGGGGGGCUCCUCCAUAAUCAAGGUGGCCUGGUACUGGUCCAGCCUGUGGAGAUCCUGUUUUACAGACUCAACUGCUGUCAGCAACUGUUACGACUACCCUGUGCUCUGGUCUGUGGAGGGUCACAUCCAGAUCGUGCGAGGCCUGCUGAUGGCAGCCCUCAGCCUGGGCAUGCUGGGGUUUGUGCUCAGUCUGAUGGGGAUGGAGUGCACCUUCAUUGGGGGAAAAGAUCGAUCAAAGUACAAGAAGAUCUACGCCGGAGGCUGGUGCCACAUUAUCAGCGGUUGCCUGUCCACAUGUGGGUAUGCCGUUUAUGCACAGUACGUCUCAGUAGAAUACUUCAACCCUGACUUUGAUGGACUGAAGUACGACCUCGGCACUCCGCUCUUCCUCGGCUGGGUCGGCUCCGCUUUUCACAUGACGGGUGGUUUUUUCUAUCUGUGGUCUGUGUGCACGCCACUCUGUGGAGGAGAGACUGCGGUGAUCAACAUCCGGCCACUACCAGACCCUGAGCAAAACAAGUCCACCACAGCUUUGUCCACAGUCUCAGAGAUCACCUCCAACACCAAAGUGUCCUCUGUUUCCGAGCUGUCGUCCAAGUCUGCGCGCUCAGACACGUCUGGCGCAUCCUCCAGAUCAGAGCGCACGUCCAAAGCCAAGUCGGGGCGGUCACAGAAGAGAGGGGGGACCACAAGGUCUGCAGAGUCGGGGUCAGAAUCAGGGUCAGGGUCACGACUGGAGUCGAACCUCUCGUCGAGGUCCAGCGUAUCGACUUUGUCUGAGUUGCGGAGCAGCAGCAGCAGCAGCCGCACGGUGUCGUCAUUGUCAGGCAGUAUGAGGAGCGAGACUAUGCCGUUCAUCAAAAACUCUUACAUCUGAAUAAAUGAAGACAUGUGACUCGCUAUGUGAAGGACAAAUGUUAAUGAAUGUGACAAACAUGUGCUCUGAGGCUUUUCUGUUCGACUGAUUGUGUUUUAUAUCAUUAAAACUGAUGAAAUCCUGUUUUUUAUCUUUAAUCUGUUCAUGUUAUUUAACCUAAACUGUGCACACAUUCUAUUCCUAUCAGACGUGUCAGCCUGUGUAACCUUUCUCAC